AAAAGUACUCUCUUUGAUGGAGGUAACUUUCGUCCGUACUUCCGGUUUCGAAUUAUAAACAAAAAAAAUCUUUGAUUGAAAAUAUUUGAGCUCAUUUGUUGUUAUGCAAGAAACUGUGCAGAUAAUAGAGGGUCAAAUGGAAUUAACAUGACACUAGAGAAAUGGACCUGUACUACAGGAAAUCUGGAACAGCUAUGCUUCAGGAACAUGACCAUCCCUUCAAGAAGCCUAAGACCAGAGGUCUUAUAUCCAGACCUUUGUGGUUGGUUGUGAUAAUUGUAUUAACCUUGGGUGUUUUGCUGACCUUACUCAACAUCUAUGAACUCCAUAAGAUGAGGGAGGACUAUGCUGCACACCUAACACCAACAAUGGAGGCUAAAGAAGGGAAAUAUGCUUCAAAACAACCUAUUGUAUGGAUAGAAGGCAAAAAUAAACACAGUGGCUACCUGAAGCACGUUUAUGCUGUAUUUGAUAGAAUAGGUUAUGCAGUAGGUGAUGCUGAGUCAGACUGGGAUGUUCUGUGGUCACAUGAGUACCCAUUUGAAAGUCUGUCUAAAAAGAUUUCAAUUGCAAAACCUCAUCAAAAGAUUAACCACUUUCCAGGAUCAGGGUAUAUUUCAAACAAAGUUUAUUUAGCUACAACAAACACUUCCUUCAUACCAAAAGCAUUCAAGAUUCCAUCAGAGACAAACAAAUUCCUAGCAUAUACUAAAAGGCAUCCCAAUAAAAUGUGGGUACAAAAGAAGAACACUCACAGAGGAGUUAAGAUAAAGAAGACUAACGAGCUUGACCUAGGAAGUACUGGAUCGUUUGUACAGCAGUAUAUAGACAAACCUCUGUUGAUAGAUGGAAGGAAAUUUGACAUAGGAAUAUAUGCUAUUAUCACAUCGAUAGAUCCACUAAGAGUAUACAUUGUAGAUGAUGAAGCCUUGUAUAGAUUCUGUACCAAGAACUACCAUCCAUUUGAUCCCUAUGAUACCAAGAAGUAUGUGGUAGAUGAUGACUAUAUCCCUGUAUGGCAGAUGCCGUCUUUAAUGAAAUAUUACACAGAUUUGGGAUUCUCUUUUAAAGAAACUUUCAGCAUGUACCUUAAAAGUAAAGGUUUGGAUUAUGAAAAGAUGUGGAUGGAUAUGAGAGAAACAGUUGCCACAGUAGCUCUUCAGAAAGAACACAAUUUUAUAAACAUACUGAAGAAAUACAGGAGUUCCAGGAACUUCUUUGAGAUGAUGAGAUUUGAUUUUGUGUUAGACGAAGAUUUAAAUGUUUAUUUAAUGGAAGCAAACAUGUCUCCCAAUCUGUCGUCUGCACAUUUUAGUGCCAAUACACGGCUGUAUGAACAUGUGAUAUUUAACCUAUUGAGUUUAGUUGGAAUAGCUAGAUCUGUGACAAGUCCAUUUGAAAACAGUGGAGAAGAUGAGAGAGCUAUGGUAUCCUCUAACAGAGAUAUUGCUGUGUUUCCUGAAUGGUGCAGUGGUAAAAACUGUCAGAAUAAUUGUUUGCCAGAGAAAUGCCAAUUAUGCAGCCCGUGCCUUACAUUAGAACUGAAGAAAAGUCUUAAAGCUGCCUACCAGGAACAUAUGAAUAGGAGAGGAUGCAGAAGGGUCUUCCCUUAUUUCAAUAUGACUCAGUAUGAAGCACAUCAUUGGAAACCAGACAAAGCCAAUACGGAAUAUAAAUGGCUUAAUGCUAAAAAUAAAGUCAUGUACAUGUGGUAUGUUGGGAAAUGUCAACAGGACCAGGCAUGGUGUUCUUAGUUCUAA